AUGGUAGAAAAACAUCAAAGCAUUGUCCCUCAGAUGUUGUUUAACCUGGGAAGCGCUAAGAAGACGAUCAGCUAUGUGGAGUGUACAAUUCAGCUUUAUUUCUUCCACAUAAUGGGGGGCACAGAAUGUCUGCUUUUGGCUGUUAUGUCUUUGGAUCGCUAUGUGGCCAUCUGCAAGCCUCUACACUACACCCUCAUCAUGAGUCGGCGGAUCUGUAUCCUAUUGGUAUCCACUGUGUGGCUCACUGGAGUGACCUACGCUGUGUCAGAGGCCACUGUUAUAUUACAGUUACCGCUAUGCGGUCUCAAUAAGCUGGAUCACUUGGUGUGUGAGAUUCCAGUUCUGAUAAAGACUGCCUGUGGUGAAAAGGGUGCUAACGAGCUCACACUCUCUGUGGUGUGUACUUUUAUGUUAGCUGUUCCUCUAUGCUUAAUUCUUGCUUCCUAUGCUUGUAUUGGACAUGCUGUAUUUAAAAUUAAAUCACCUGAGGGAAGGGAAAAGGCCUUUGGGACAUGUUCCUCCCAUCUCAUUGUAGUUUUCCUAUUUUAUGGUCCAGGCAUUAGCAUGUACCUUCAGCCCCCCUCUUCCAUCUCGAGAGACCAACCCAAGUUCAUGACUCUCUUCUAUGGAGUGGUGACUCCUGCACUCAACCCUUUCAUCUACACCCUGAGGAACAAGGAUGUAAAGGGAGCAUUAGGCAACCUGGUGAGGAGCAUUUUCACUUCCAAGUGA